AUGGAGAAUUGUUCUGCGUUGGAUGUGGAUGUGGAUGUUGCUUGGUUGUAUAAGGGCAGGAAACGAGUCAGGCAGAAGGGGGAGGGUGGUGAGCAGGGGGGGGAACGACGUGGUAGUAGUUGUGGGGGCUGUGUUGAUGGGGUGCGGAAACCAGUGAAGUCUGUAGUCGGCGGGUCUGACGGUGAACUUCUGGCUGGUAAACGGGCUGGGAGCAAGGCGGUAGUACCGUCACAGUCUUUUCAGGUGAAAAAUGUGAUGGAGGGAGGGGGCUCCAAGGGAAGCAGUGGAUCUGGAGGUUCUUCAUUCCUUAAAAGGAGUAGUUCUGUGAAUGAGAAACCGUUGAAGUCGUUGUUUGGGUCGCUUUUUGGGCGGCGAAUGUCAUCUCCUGCCUCACCUGCCGCCUUCUCAGAUUCAGCAACCUCUAUUACUGCGAAUGCACGGCUAAGUGGUUCUCGAAAGGCUCCAAAAGAUGCGGCUUCGAAGGCUAGAGAUGAGGCUGGGCAGCAACGCCAAGUAUUGGAUGCGAAGCCGAUUAACAUUGUGAAGAGGCAUUCAACCAGCGAUUCUACUAGCGGUAGUUUUGCGCAUCUUCUGAAUGAGCCUAGCUCCCCUGAGGUGCAUGAGAUGGGACCUCUGCAGGAAAGGAAGUGCCCCUUGUUGACACCUCAGGAACGUCUACCAUUGAAGCUAUUGGCGCAUUUGUCGCUUAAAAGGGUCAAGUUUGCCGUGGACAAGUUGGGAAUGGAUCCUCCACAACAAAUUCCGUCGAGGAAACCCAAACGUGGGAAUGUUUUGGUACCGGAUGAUCUCAUUUGCGAUAUACCGUUGAUCUCCCAGGGUAUCAGCAAUACUCAGGGACAGCUUAAUCAGAUCAUAGCACCGUAUUCGAAAGCUUCCAAGGAAUACAAGACUGUCUUGGAGAACUGGAAGGCUGCCUCCAAGGAAUCAAAGAAACACCAACUUGAUGCUCAUUAUGCUGCACAGAGGAUUGCAAGUGAAGUUGCAAACUUUAAGAUGAAGCACUCAGCUGCUGGCAAUUCCAUCUCGCUAGUACGGGAUGAUAACCAAGACGUUGCGGUAGAGAUGGAUGAAAACAUAAAAAAGUUGGGAAUUGAUAAACCCAUUCAUAUUCAUGAAUACCAUUUUGGUGCCGACACAGCCAGUUCUGAUCCUGCUGCCGAUGGCAGUCACGAGAACAUUAAUCGUACGGAAAAUGAAUUAACUUUAGAUCAAAUAUAUACCCGUUGUUGUCAUCUCCGUGAGAUUCUGCCUAUACCUUCAACAUUAAAACAGGUCAAAGAUAAGACUGCCCCUCUACAUACCUUAAAAUUUUUAAAUCCAAGGCCAACUCUGAUUGAUGUUCUUUCUUUUUGUGACUUCAUCGCGGUUGUACCUAUUCAUAAUUUGGUUUUUGACAAUGUGAAUUUAACCCCAGAAAUGUUUAAAAUUAUGCUAUGUUCCGUUGUUCAUUCCACUGUAUUGGAGCGAUUUUCUAUAAGAAAUGUGGUUAUCGAUUCAAAUGGGUGGCUGUUAUUCUGCAAAUUUCUCAUGUUAAAUCGUUCCUUGGUAAAAUUAGACAUAUCACACACGAAAGUUAAACAGGGGUUGGAAGAGUCUUUAUACCGAUGUAAUAUGGACUGGAGCUUGUUAAUCCAGGUGCUGGAGCAACGCGAAGGCAAUCAUUUGGAGGAAUUGCUUAUUAAUGGUGUUCAGUUUACCAGUUUUUCGGUCUUUGGCAAUUUGCUGAAUGCAUUCACUGCAAAGCCAGCACCAAGAAAACGCUUAGGUGUAGCACAAUCGGAGCUCACUGAAGACCAAAUAAAAAUUCUACUCGAUUGGGCUUCGCAAAAUAAUUUACAAGGUAUUGACAUUGCAUUCAAUAAUCUAUCUACGUUGGUGAAACCUAUCGUAUCAAGGCUGUCGAAUCUCAAUCUAGAUUCAUUGCAAUAUUUUACUUUGAACAGUACUGGUAUUGAAUCUUUCUUUGAUGCCGCGUUGAUUUUACGUGCACUAAAGAGGCUUCCAAAUUUGUACUUUUUAGACUUGAGCCACCUUCCUGGCAUUUAUCCUGAUGUAUUUCCUUAUUUGAAUAAGUACCUACCAAAAUUUCCAAAUCUGAAACGAAUACACUUAGACAAUAAUGAAUUUUCUUCUAAUGACAUAUCCCUUCUCUCCCAAAUUUUGGUGAAAUGUAAAGAGCUGUUGCAUAUUUCUUUGUUGCACCAGCCAAAGGAAUCAUUCAACAUGAAUUCUGCUGCAUCCUUGUAUGACUUCGUAAAAAAUUCAAACAAAUUAACAAAUUUGGAUAUUGAUUAUGAGUUUAUUCCUCAAGAAGUUAGUUCGCGAAUGGCUGUUUGUUUGAUAAGAAAUGCACAGAAGUCUAUGGGUGAAGAUUUUCAUUUGGAUGAGCUGACUUGUCUUGAUGAACUGUUAUUUGAUGGGGCAUUAAUAACAGAAACGGCAGGAGGUAUGCUGUCCAAGUUGGAUAUCUCUAAUGGUACUUCAAAUAACGAUGCAUCGAGAAUAUAUCUUCUUAAAAAAUACUGGGAGAAGAUUAAUCGAGUUCGUGAUAACGUUCAAAAUACAAUUGACGAUUUGUUUGAAAAGCUUAGUUCACAAAAGCUGUGCUUUCAAAGGAAAGAAAAUCUAUUGCGAUUGUUAUUUGUUGAAGCGACACUAUCUAACAUCCUUGAGAUAUUAUCAAAUAGUCCUCAGCUUGCUAGCUUGAUAGGUGAUAAUUCAGGUACGGAGCUGAAGCAUGUACAGUCCUCCAGUAUUUUGUUGCCUGCAUUGCAACUUAGCGAUGCAGAUAUGGACAAUGGUAACAUUUCCCCCUCGCAAAUGAUCAGACCACAUUUGAUGGCUACAGAUUCCGGUUGUACUAUUGACCUAACAACAGGUAGACCUAUACCGUCGAAACAAUCAUCAGAAACUUCAAUAUUUUUCAAGCAACAGGAAGAAGAAGAAGGUGAACUUCAUAAAUGGGGGAUUUUCGUUCAGCAAAAGAGUUCUACAUAUUCAAGUCCGGUGGCUGAACAAAAGGAACCGCAACCGCAACAGAUCCCAUCACGACCCGGGUCAAGUUCCCUUUCUAAGGGACCGCCAAUCCUGAUUACAAAAAUACCUUCCGGAGCGGAAUUGAAAGAAGCUAUUAUAAAAGCUAAAGGUAUAAAUUCUAUUGAAGACCUAAUUGACAAUGUUAGCCAUAAUCGGAUUAAAUUGGAAAAUAUUUAUGGUAUCCCAUAUAGCCCUACUAAUUCCUUUUUGGAUUUUCAAUCCGUUGGUGCAACUACCCAGUCUUCUAACACAAAGAGUGCGAAUACAGACCUAUCUACAGGGACUACUACACCCUCCAAUAGCGUCCCGGAUGAUGAAGAAUUAGAUCUAGAUGUUGAUGAAACUUACGAUAAGUUAUUAAAUAACCUGAGCAAAGUCCGUUCUAAUAAGUGA